AUGCAUCCUACCCUCUCGCUCCAUCGGGGCAUUCUCAAGAGAUCCUCGUACUACAACCCCGACUACCGCACCGGCGCCGCGCUUAACCGCGCAAGACGACCGUACCUGUUCAAGAACAUGGUCACGGGCAUAGCAAUCUUUGGAUUCGCAAUUGGAGUUUUCGCAUUCACCCUCCGCGCCGUCGGCCAAGAGAGUUUCGACGACGUGAUUGUCCCCGACGCUCCAGCCGCGAAGCAAUCUCCCAAGACGCCGACGGCGCAAGCAAACGGAAUGAGAUCGUGA